GUGCCUCUGGCUGCCAGGUCACACUGUUCCCCCAAACGGCCUCUUCUCUGGUGCUCCAAGGUCCUGACCCCGCUAGGAGCAUCUCGCAUCAGCUUCAGACUCCCUUUUGUUAGGUACCAUGUACCUGCUUGUCAGCCUGUGUGAUGGGAUUGCUCCUUUCUGCACCUUCACGUGUAACUCGUGACUUCCUCCAGCUCACGGUGGGGUAACUCCUGUAGCACGUGGAUCCAGAAGGUGACAAGUCUACUGAGGACCAGCAGGUUUUUUUCUAGCUUGAGGAAAAAUUGAAAUUGGCUCAAAAUGAGUGCAAUAUUGGAAACCUCUGAGCUGCCAGCAGUGUUUGAUGGGGUGAAGCUGGCUGCAGUUGCUGCUGUGCUGUAUGUUAUUGUUCGCUGCUUGAAUUUAAAAAGCCCAACUGCCCCUCCUGAACUCAUUUACCAGGACUCUGCUUUGGCCCGCUUUCUACUCAAAUCAUGCCCACUUCUGACCAAAGAGUACAUUCCACCCCUGAUCUGGGGAAAGAGUGGACAUAUCCAGACUGCCCUUUAUGGGAAAAUGGGGAGAGUGAGAUCACCACAUCCAUAUGGACUCCGCAAGUACCUCACGAUGCCAGAUGGAGCAACAGCCACAUUUGAUCUCUUUGAGCCACGGUCUGAGCACUGCAUUGGAGAGGAUGUCACGAUGGUGAUCUGCCCGGGGAUUGCCAACCACAGUGAGAAGCAGUAUAUCCGCACCUUUGUCGACUAUGCCCAAAAAAAUGGGUACAGAUGUGCUGUCCUGAACCACCUGGGAGCCUUACCAAACAUCGAGCUCACUUCUCCACGAAUGUUCACAUACGGUUGCACCUGGGAAUUUGGUGCCAUGGUGAAUUACAUCAAGAAGACCUACCCUCAGACCCAGCUGGUUGUCGUGGGCUUCAGCCUGGGUGGAAACAUAGUGUGCAAAUACCUGGGAGAGAGCCAGGCCAACCAGGAGCGAGUCCUGUGCUGUGUCAGCGUGUGCCAGGGGUACAGUGCACUGAGGGCACAGGAAACCUUCAUGCAGUGGGAUCAUUGUAGAAGAUUUUAUAACUUUCUCAUGGCAGACAACAUGAAAAAGAUCAUCCUUUCUCACAGGCAAGUUCUUUUUGGAGAUAACAUGAAGAAGCCACAAAGCCUGUCAGAUGCUGAUCUGAGCAAGCUUUAUACAGCAACAUCCCUGAUGCAGAUUGAUGAUAACGUGAUGAGGAAGUUCCAUGGCUACAGCUCACUGAAGGAAUACUAUGAAAAGGAAAGUUGCCUGCAGUACUUGCACACGAUCUAUGUUCCUCUUCUGUUGGUUAAUGCUGCUGAUGACCCUCUUGUCCAUGAGAGUCUUCUAUCAAUUCCAAGAGCUCUUUCAGAGAAAAAAGAAAAUGUCAUGCAUGUGCUGCCCCUUCAUGGAGGCCACCUGGGAUUCUUUGAGGGGUCUGUACUGUUCCCAGAACCUCUUACCUGGAUGGAUAAGCUCGUGGUGCAGUAUGCCAAUGCCAUCUGCCAGUGGGAGAAGACAAAGCCUCACUGCUCGGAUGCAGAGCAGGCCAUGUCUGCCCAGGAGUAAUUGACCCAAAGACUCUGGAUCACUUCAAUAAAGCUCCCCCUUUGGGAACAUCUUGUUCCCUCACCUGCUGCUUCAGGUUUCCAUUCUCCUUGAUAUCCUAUGGCUGGGGUUUGAUCACAAUGUUUUCUUCCGAAGUGGAGUUAAAGCAGAGGUUAACAUCUGGUCAGAGCACUUUUGGGUGUAUAGUCACUUGGGUUUGUAACUUACUCCUCUGCUUGAAGAAUUAGGUUGCUGAGUGUGGCUUGUUACAGGGCUACUGAGCUAAAUAUUGCUUGCUUUAAUAUAACAGAAGUUUCAAAUGUCGAAAUCUCUUCACCUGCUGGUCAAAAAUUUGAUCUGCAGCGUUUAAGUAUAAAUGACCAGGUAACUAUGGCUCUGUCCCCUGUUCUGGUGCUGGAAAAUACCUGUACCAAGCCACAAGCCAGUAAAUGUUCAGUCUGUAAGCCACUACAAUGUGGCUUGGAAAAAUAGAUGCUUGACUGCAAGUGGAGUUUCAGCUUUGCACCAUCUCAAGGGAAACCUUGUAGUUCCUAGGAAUGCACUUGCACAAGUGAAUCACUUUAAAAAUAUUCAAUUUUCUAUGCUUCAGCUGUCUGUGGUUUGGGGUGGUUUUAUACUGGGACUCCAAGUAGAGAAGAGCUGCAGCCUGGUAAUGCCAGUUAAUGUUUCUAUGUGUAAGCAUUUUCUCACUUCAGGACCUGAUCAGUCACCUUGUCAUUUUUGCCUCUCUUUAAAUGCAGUCAUCUUUUCAGUACUGGAUUCUUUGUUUGACCCAGGGCUGGCUCUGGCUUCCAAAUGGAAACCCAUGAUCAAGAAUCUGCAGGAUUUUUCCGUGAGAUUGGUCUGUUUUAAAGAAUAUUUCAUGGAGAGCUAUGUACUCUUAGGGAUUAAUUGGCAGGGGGGUGGGGUGUAUCUCUUUAGAUUUAUUCACCUUAUGUCAUGGCAAAUAAUAUAAAAAUUCUUCCCCUUGGCUUUCAGAGCAUCCAAUGGUUUUCAGACAUGACUUGCCUUACAGUUGAUGGGGAACAGGAUGUGUCUAGCUCUGUGCAACUGAAAUUACAUCUUUGCAUGGCUGACUACUUCCAUAUCUGUAGGAUUACUGGCUCCAGUAAGACACUGGGCUCUGUCUCACUUGAAUUUCUUUUCCACACUCAGACAUCCCCUUCUAGUUUUAAUGUGCAAAGUGAGGUGUGAAAGCUGGUUGCAGAAAAGAUGCCUACUCACUUGUGCUUUUCCUUCAAGUGGCUGUUAUGGUCUGUGCCAAGAUGGUUAUUAAAGACUCUAGUCUGUCUCCUGGAAGGAAAGUUGUCCCAAGACAAUCUGGAGACUGAAACUUUGUGGUAAAAAAAAA